AGGCAGCGAUGACCAUCCAGGAAGCGUUCUCAUUAGUACCAGAUUCCCACAGGUAACCUGCAGGGUCAUUGAGGGACAUUUCCAGGUUCCGCCUGAUUAAUUCAUGUUCAAUUCAUUCAAUGUGCUGAGCCCUGCAGGAAGACAGCACACCGUAGUGAUCACCUCCCAUGUCCAAAUGUUUUAAAGGAGUGAUAAUUAUUUUUGCCCACUUGAAUCUAAAGCUUGUGUGAACCUGUGCACAUCAACUAUAAGUAAGAGAAAACUUUCUGAGGUCCAGAAGCUGUGAAUAAAAAAAAAAUUAUCUAAAACCCUUCCAAAUAGGGGAAAUGGGAGGGAAGUUUAAAAAAAAGAAAAGAAAGGAUAUUUUUAUAUUGAGCAGGAGUAGAUUACCAGGAGGGGCAGAGGCAGGAAGGUUCAAAGGAGGUCUGCCUGAAAAGAAGCUCAAAGAAGAGAAAGGCCAAGGAAGCGGGGGUAUGGGGGGUGCGGAGGUAGGGGGCUCGGUUGAAAGACGGACAAACAAAUGUAGCCACCGGGGCGGCCUUCCUAGCAAAGGCAGCCUGCAGGUCAGGUACCUGGCGGAGGUGGGGCAGCGGGGGGCGAGGUGCCGGCUCGCGGAUGGAGUCCUUCCUUCAGACCUUCCCUGGACACCACCAGCUCCCUACGCCCCACACCAAAAAAAAAACAAACAAACAAACAAAAAAAAAACACACCAAAAACCAAAAAACAAAAAAAAAAAACAAAAAACCAGUCCCCGCCAGCCCUCGGCUGAGCUCGGAGGGGAGGAGGGGGAAGUGGGACCGUGCUCAGCUUCCACUCUGAGGCUCCGGCUUGAAAAGUCCCCGAGAGUCAAACAUGAUUUACACCAGGGAAGAAAAAAAUCAAUACCAUCGGGGGGGGGGGGGGGUGGGCUCUACCUGAGGGAAAUGUUUGGCAGAGGAAGGGGAGCUUUCCCCACCAAAGCCCAGAACGCGACUCUCGCUUCCUCACGAGGAUCGGCCAUCACCACCCCGGCUCUCCGCCCCUCCGUCGCCCGCCCUGAGGGGUUGCUGUUCUGUUGCAAACGUCAAGAGGUCUAGGUUUGCCCUGGGUUAGGAGCUCGACUAAGUUUUUCAGCUCAGGUUCUUAGGUGCAUCGGGUUUCGCAAGACCCUGGGGGUGGCGGGGAGUAGGCUUUGGCUGGGGCCAUUUUUACACGGCCGGGCUUUCCCUCACUCAGCUACCGACCAGGGUGAAGCGAGCGGCGCAAGGGUUCCUUAACGGGAAGGGGUCGGUGCAACCUGAACAAACAUUGCUGGUUUUGAACGCUCACCGCGAACGCGUUUCAAGAGCAGGUCUCAGAGCCUCCCGGUUCCGUCCGCGGAACUCGGCGGACUCGACCAGCAGGUCAGAGCGCGGAGCCGGGAAACCCCACCUGCGCCGGGGAGACAGCUCCGGUCGGCGGGAGUUUGCACACUGGGCUCUCAGGCGGACUCUCCCAGAGUUGGGUCGCGCGCUCCGGGCCAAUGAGCGCGCCCCGCGGAGGGGUCGGUUACCCCCCACCUCCUAACACACACACCCGCGCGUUGAUUGGUCUCCCGGCCCGUGAGGCCGGGCUGGUCGGCUGCGGCGGCGGGCGGCGGCGAGUGCUGGGCGCGAGUGGGAGUGGCGCGCGCGCCCCCCGCCGCCCUGUCACUCCCCGCCGCGCUUCCUCCCUAGUCCCCUCCCUCCCUUGCUCCCUCUCUCCCUCCUCGCACUCCCCGGCUCCGGCCGCGCGCUGGCGGGGCUCCGCAUUGCACACUCUGGGGGCGCCGCAGUGUUCGUGGGAUGGGGCAGCGGGCUGCCGCUGGCGGCCGGAAUCCGCGUGCAGCCGGGCCACACCAUAUCCUGGUGGAUUUAAGUGCUUCACCUGUGAAAAGGCAGCAGACAAUUAUGAGUGCAACCGAUGGGCUCCCGACAUCUACUGCCCUCGAGAGACUAGAUACUGCUACACUCAGCACACCAUGGAAGUCACGGGAAACAGCAUCUCUGUCACCAAGCGCUGUGUUCCACUGGAAGACUGCUUGUCCACUGGCUGCAGAGACUCCGAGCAUGAAGGCCACAAGGUCUGCACUUCCUGUUGUGAAGGAAAUAUCUGUAACUUGCCGCUCCCCCGAAAUGAAACUGAUGCCACAUUUGCUACAACAUCACCCAUAAAUCAGACGAAUGGGCACCCACACUGCAUGUCCGUGAUAGUGUCCUGCUUGUGGGUGUGGUUGGGACUUACAUUAUAGCAGCUCAGAGGCACCCUGUAGUAGCAAUCCCUGGGGGCCUUGAGGGUCGGUAGUCAUGCAUGAGGCAUUGGCCUGACAGUAGUCACAUAUGUGAAAACACAGCACUCGGAUGUCUUCACAGCCAAGCACUUCUGCUUACCACAAGGAAUAAGCAUUGCUUCAAUGUAGUCAUUUCAAGACCUCAUCAAAGCAGCCUGCCCCCAAACAACGCCUGAAUUCUAUGCCAUAAGCAUUUGUUUUCCCCCUAAAACAUAGUUUUUUGUUUACUGAGAUCUGGGGCUCUUAAUUUGCAAUACAUGCAAGAACCACAGAAAUCCUGGGACCCGCUGAGAUGUUGUGUGUGCUCAGUCGCUCUGUCGUGUCUGACGCUUUGUGACCCCAUGGACUAUAACCCACCAGGCUCUUCUGUCCAUGGAAUUUCCUAGGCAAGAAUACUGGAGUGGGGUGCCAUUUCCUACUCCAGGGGAUCUUUGCAACCCAGGGAUGGAACCUGAGUCUCUUGUCUCCUGCAUUGGCAGGUGGAUUGUUUACCAUUAGUGCCACCUGGGAAGCCCCAAUAUGUUAUAUGGACACAUAUAGAUCUGUGUUCUUCAGGAGAAAGGUCAGUGACCACUGAUUUAGGUGGUCCAACCAUGAAUUCACUUACAGCUUUAGAGUUUUAAAAACUUUGAUUCCCAAGUGAAUGGACAAUUUCCUUGGCAAUUCUGAUCUAUGUCCCUAGAAAAAUAGUAAGCAGUUUGUCCAAUUUAAUUGUCCCAAUAUUCCUGUCCCAGUGAUAGGAAUCAUACUCCCUUUUUUCUGCAUGGGAUAAAAAAGGCAAUCAUAAGGUUUUUUGUAUGAGAGGAGAGGUGGCUGGAAAAGGAUUUUUCCCAACUUAAUUGAAUUAGCAUUCAUAAGGUGGCUGUUUAUCCCUUCAUAUAAUUGGUGAGAUUAGCCUUGACUGGCACCUAAUUUUGCUCCAUGAAAUUCUCGAUUCUACUUGGACUAAUAGGUAUCCAAAGUGGCUGACAGCAAGACGGGCUUAUUUCCUCUAAGCGUGAGCUUCUAUUCAGGCAUGGCUAAUCGAGACAGAGAAAGGAUUUCAGAAUGAAAGGAAGACGUGUGGAAUUGAUUCGUUUGUGAGUGCCCAGUCAGUGUCUCUGCUAAACCUUUCAUCUGCAAUUUACACUGCCCAAGAGCCUCCUUUGUUCUUUCUCUUCCAAAUCCCCCGUGACUUCAGGGAGAAGUUUCUGCAUUAUGUUGUCUCCAGAUUGAUAGGGAAAGAAGUCAUAAUAUCCCAGGAUGAGAAGCAGGUGGGCCAGUAGGGUCAUGAUGAGAAUAGUACAAAAACCCAGAGAGAAGUUUUUCUUGGUUUCAGAUGAUUGCUUUUGAAGUAAAUGGUAAAACUUUCACCAUCCUUCCUAUAUUUUUGGCACCUCAAGUUACAAUUUUUUCUUCUUCCUUAUAAAUCACUUAUAUAAUAUUUAUUUUUGUAUGGCAUAACUAGAAACUAAGGUAUAUUGUAAAAGAUUCUUUAUUCUGAACAAAACAAUCAAAUCAGAAUAUUUUUCAACGGUGGUAGAGCUUGUAAUAUAUGUUUGCUGAAAAUUAUCUAUAAUACUUGCACCAGUGUUGAAAAAACUUAUGAAAAAGAGUAACGUGUUGGCCUCAGGGUUUUUGCUCAUGGUUUCCUCAGUGGUGCUGUCCGAGAAGUAUUCAGGUGGUGACCAUCACUGGUAUGAGUUUCUCAGCAGGGUUAGGGCAUAUCUUUGCAUGGACUUCGGUGGAAUCAUUACUGAUUAGGAGCACAGUUGUUGGGGGCCAUCUGCCCUGCACAGGAAGAGAUCUUGGACUCAUAAAAUGAGAUACCCCUCACCCCCGAAGGGACCAAAUGGGAACUGACAUCAGAAACUCUGAUACAAAAUCAUUUUAAUUGCAUCAAAUGGCCUUAAUUCUGAGUUUGGUAGGCUUAUCAAUAUGUUGCUUACAACUGGGGUAGGGGAAGUAGAGGGAGAGAAAGCAAGACAUUUACUAAGCACCUCUUAGAUGCCAGACGCUAGGCUAAGCACUUUACGUGAGCUGGGUCAUAUAAGCCCUGUGAGAGCCCUGUAAGGAAUGUUACUAGUAUUUACACUUGACAGAUGAAGGUACUGAGGCUCUAAGAAGCUUUUCCUUCUGGUUUAGGUUAUGUGGGAUGAGGCAGGAUGGAAGAGAAAGGGAAGAUAGAAUUGCCACCCCUAGGAAAACUUCCAGGCCUAACAUCAUGGGUACUUUUUCAUCUUAUAUGUGGAAUUUGUUUAGUCCUGCUUCCACAGGAUGUCAUUUGUGUAUGACCCCAGACAGUGUUUCUUCUUCGGGGGGUGAGGUAUAUCUUUUUCAUUCAUUCCUUUUGCUGUCAAAGAGGAGGCAGGUUGAUCCUACAUCUGAAGAUGGCAUAAGACAAUGACAGUUUGAUGUUGUAUAUACCUACAAAUACAUUUUCAUGCAUGGGUCACUCUCCACUGCCACCUUCCAUGUACUGCAUGUGAUUAGAAUAAGAGAUAAAGUCCAAAUCUUGGUUCUUCAUAAGAAGGCGCCUCUCCAAAGCCUCCCUGACUGGUGUGGAGGGACCGGGUCUGCAAUGGUGCGAACUUACCUGCCGCCCAAGAGGUCACUGCAAACUCCACAUGGGUGUGGCUUUGUGCACCCAUGUGCCUAUAGAAUGACUGGUAUUUCACUCUCUUCAAAGAAAGUAGUUUACUCACCAACCCCAGCCUCGAGGAGCCAAGGAAGGGCUAUUCAUGUGGAAGGUCCAGGACCAGUCAUCCAUCUGAACUUUCUACCACCUUAAAUCUCAUUAAAUCCUACAGUUGGUGAUGAAGUGCAAAGAGCCGCGAUGUGUAUAUGAACCUACGUGCCAUUUAUUUAUUUUUAGACUUCCCACAGCAUUCACGUCAAUAUGGGAUUUAAUGCCUAAAUUUUGUAAAUAUUGUACAUAUUGUAAAUCAAUGAAUAAAGAUUUUAAGUGUA